CAGCAAUAUGCAGUUUUCUUUUUGAUUAGAGAAUGUCAAUGUUGUCAGGGCAACUGUGAACACCGACGUAUCAUAUUUUUUCCCUCUGCUCUCUGCUGAAUAUUUUAUUGUGUUGUGUAUCCGAUAGAAGGUUGGAAAAAGUGCUGCAUAGAGCGUCUGACUGUGUUCUGCCCUUCAGUUUGAGAGGGAAUGCAGCAAGCAGUUUCAUCCUUAAGCAAAUGAAUGCUUAUAUUGCUUGCUAUCUCUUGCUAAUUUUUGCUUUUACGUAUGGAUGACCUCUGAGAGAUGCAUAGAUGAGCAGGAUGCUCUGAUGACUGGUUCUAAUUUGGAAUCUUUGGAAUCAAAGAAUGAUACAUGCUGAUUCUUUUAAAACCAAUGGGAAAAAAUAGAGUGAAAAACAACAUGCCCAGUGCAAUCCGACAGGAAAGGUUAAAGAAGACUGUAGGUCGUCCAACACCACCUGUUCUAUUUACCAUUAAUGAGGAGGAAGAGCUGCAGAGGGGUAGACGCAGGAAGAAGGUAAAAGGUCAUGUUAAUUCUCAGAGCAAAGUACAUGAGAAGAAAGUUGUAUUGAAUUGUCCUUUGUCUGCCAUGCAGGGGCAGCCUGGAAAAGACCAUGCUACCUUUAAGUCAGAACCCCAUCUUAUUAUGAAGGUUGAUGACAGGCAAAGACUUGCUCGUGAACGUAGAGAGGAACGUGAAAAAUUAAUAGCUGCCAGAGAGUCAUUAUGGUUAGAGAAAGAAAUACGAGCCCGUCAACACUAUGAGAAACACCUAGAAGAGCGUAAGAAAAAGUUGGAGGAGCAGAGGAUGAAGGAGGAAAGAAGGCGAGCAGCUGUAGAUGAGAAGCGAAAGCUAAAGUUAGAAGAAGAAAAGGAACGUUAUGAAGCUGUUGUGAGGCGUACAGCUGAAAGAAAUCAGAGACUAAAGGAGAAAAGCAAUAGAUGGUCCUGGGGUGGAACUUUGCAAAGCAGCAUAGACGCAAACAGCUCAGACCCAGAUAGGAGAUCAGUUUCAACGAUGAACCUUUCAAAACAUUUUGAUCCAGUUAUUAAUAAGCGACUGUCCACAUCAUCUGCAACAAUACUUAAUUCUCCAGACAAAGCCUGUCAGCCUUCUCUUAGUCAAAGGGGGAGUAACUUUGUCAGCAGACUAUUGAUGCCCACUCAUUCAUACCUGGCACGAAGUAAAAGCACGGCGGCCCUGUCUGGAGACACAGUCAUCCCCAUUUGUCCACGUUCAGCAUCUUGCAGCCCCCUCAGCCUGCAGCCUAACAAGUCAGCAAACCUUAAAAGUUCAGAGAGACCAAAGCUUUCUAUCACAACACCGGAGGCAACAACAAGGAGGAAAGCCACACACUUUGCAGGCACCAAUAGUGUGGAAAAAAAAGAAAAGGAAAUAGAGAUUUACAGGGAAAAUGCAGCCACAUUCAACCUGAAAACAGCAAACACUGCACUUGUUUCCAAAAAGAAAUUUACUUCUCAAUUCCCUGUAGGGACUCCACAUAAAUCAUCAGCCUCUUCAUUUAGUGUUUUCAAGCCUGCUAAUUCAAUCAAAUUAGGCACAACCCAUCCACGUCCCCUCUCACCUGGAAAUGUUCGACCAUUAAAAAAAGAAGAGAAGAAGAAAGAUGAAUGUAAGGAACAUAAUGAGUCAUCUGCUGAACAAUUUAAGGCUAAAGAACCAGAUACAGCAGAACAAGAAAAUAACACUGAAAGAGAGGCUGGGCCAGAAACUUUGCAAGAUUCUGCACUCUUACCAGCUCUGCAGUCCUCACCCAUAGCUGUAAGGCCUUUUGCUGGAACCACCAACCCAGAGGAAGCAACAAGAAUACUUGCUGAAAAGAGGAGACUUGCUCGUGUACAGAGGGAACGUGAGGAAGAAGAAAGGAAGGAAAAAGAGGAGAUUGAGAGAAAGAAAAGAGAGGAAUUUGCUCUUAGCAAAGCUAAAGAAAGGGCUCAGCAAGAGGCAGAUUCAUUGAAGUGGGAGGCUGAACGAAAAAGGAAAGAAGAAGAAGAGCUCCAGGAAAGAGAAAAGCUGCUGUGCCAACUAGCAGAGGAAAAAGAGCAGAAGGAGAGAGAAGAGUUAGAACACCACCGAAAACAAAAAGAAGAGGCAGAGCGUAUUAGAAUGGAACGUGAAAAACAUUUUCAAAAGGAGGAGCAGGAACGUUCAGAAAGGAAAAAGAGACUUGAAGAGAUAAUGAGAAGAACAAGAAGAAGUGAAGGAGGUGACAAGCAAUCUAAUGCCGAGAGAAAUGUAGAAAUGCCUAAACCAAGUGAUAAUACAGCCAUUAAACCAGUGCCCUUACAGGAGCAUGAAUGUGAACGCCUUCAAAACUCCACAAACAACUCUCCCAAUGGACAGCCUCUGGUUUGCUCUGAAAGGAUAAUUCCAUUCCCUGCUGACAGUACUGAGAAACAACCAAAUGAAAAUGGCCUAAAUACACAGAACAACAACUUUGAGGAGAUCAUAAACUUGCCAGCUAGCAUUAAACCAGUUAAAUGUGAUUCUAUAAGCAGUGAAGAAAACAAUAUCCAACAAAUUCCUUUGAAACCAAUUUUAGCUUUUGAAGAAGAUGGAACUCUUGUUUCAGCAGAGGUGAUCUGAAGAACCCAAAGAGAAGUUAAGUCUGUGUGAAGACCCAGGGAUUCUUUUAAAGCUGUGAAGGAAGGUUGUAUAUUGCAGAUUUUGCAGGCUGGUUGUAUAAAGAAAUCUUAUUUAGUGCAGGCACAGAAGACUGGAAUGGAACUGUUGAUGUAUUAACCAUCAAUGCAGAACAUUGAUUUAUUUUUUAGUGUGUAAUACCUAUUAUAAGUUUUUUUUUCCUGAGAAAU